GACUUAGUAGAAUGGGAAUUCAAGAGCAAGAUAGACGGCAAGAUGCAUGCAUGUGGUCAUGAUUCUCAUGUAGCAAUGUUACUUGGAGCCGCCAAGUUACUCCAUAAAAACAAGAAUAAACUCCAGGGAACUGUGAAGCUAGUUUUCCAACCGGGAGAAGAGGGUUAUUCUGGUGCUUAUCAUAUGUUACAACAUGGUGCUCUUGGUGACAUCGAUGCCAUCUUCUUUCUACAUGUUUUGCCUUCGGUAUCCACUGGUUCCAUUGCUUCAAGGCCCGGAACAAUACUUGCCGGUGCCGGGCGCUUUUCGGUUAUAAUUACAGGAAAGGGUGAACAUGCGGCGGUCCCUCAUAAUAGCAGAGACCCAAUUCUUGCAGCGACCUUCGCAAUCCUUGCUCUCCAACAGAUAGUAUCUCGUGAGACCAAUCCUCUUGAGGCCAGAGUUGUAACAGUUGGUUUCAUAGAGGGAGGUCUAGCCGCAAAUGUAAUCCCAGAGUCUCUGAAAUUUGGUGGAACCUUUAGGAGCUUAACCUCUGAAGGUUUGUCUUACCUCAAGGAAAGAAUCAAAGAGGUUAUAGAGCUUCAAGCAGCUGUUCAUAGAUGUAAUGCGGUGGUGGACUUCAAAGAGGAAUUACCACUGCCUUAUCCUGUAGUUGUUAACAAUGAAGCAAUGUAUGAACAUGGAAAGAAAGUUGGAGAAGCUCUAGUUGGGGAACCCAAUGUGCAGGUUGUUCCGGUAAUGAUGGGAUCAGAUGAUUUCUGCUUUUUCUCACAAAAGAUUGCUGCUACAAUUUUUGUAUUGGGGGUAAAGAAUGAGAGUGUAAAAUCAGAUCAACCAUUGCACUCUCCUUACUUCUUCAUUGAUGAAGAAGCUCUUCCAAUCGGAGCGGCUCUUGAUGCUGCUGUGGCAAUCUCAUAUUUGGAAAACCAAGUUGUAGAGACCGAUUGAAAUGUAACUCAGCUUAGGCAUAUAGUUAUCACCUCUGCAUAACACCAGUGUGAAUAGUUGUGAAUAAAGAACUAGAAAUGUAGGAAGAAGUCAUCUAUUAUAACAU